AACAUUUUACCUGUGGGUUGAUAGCUGUAUUAUCCUUAACUGGCCAAGUAUAUUGUUUGAAAACAUCGCGCUAACAUGGCUUCCUGUUAUAUCUACCUGGCGGUUUUAACAGUCUUGGUUGAUAAUGGUCUCGCUAGUACACGGCGCCCCGGAGCAACUACCUUACGGCCGGGGGCGACAGCAACACCGUCCCCACCCUGCAUGGUCCCGUCCAACAACCCUACGAAGGAGUGGCUGAAAGAGAAAUUCCCCAACCCCCGGGUAAACGUCACGCUGUGCGGCCGAGAAUGCAUGCAAUCCUGGGUGUGCGAUCCUUCCGGGAUACUCAAACCCCGCGACGCCGACGUACUGGAUGAGAAGAUUGAUGCCAUCGCCACCAACGGUAUAUGUGGCUGCAGAAAAUGUGUGGACGGACAGGAUGGCUACAAAAUCGGGGUGGCGCUCGUACGAAAGAUGGCAGUACAUUCUUUCGUCCUCUCACAAAAUGUCGAUAAAGAAAAUAUGGCUAUUGAGUUCUCCGCCUAUCUAAGGUCGGUGUCCUGGAAGUUUGGUAACUGUGACAAUAACAUCGUAAUUUUCUACUCGCAAGAGGACAGAAAGGUGAUGACAUCGACAAGUUCGAGAGUUGAGAGCGUCCUUUCAGUGAACUGUACCGGGGAUAUCUUUAAUGAGGCCAAACCUAUGUUUAGAGAUGAUCGCGUGUUUGAGGCGCUGGACCACAUGGUUACUCGAUAUGGACAAGUCCUUCGAACUGGCAAAUGUUACCCGCCUGCAGAACACGUGGAGCUGGGAGUUGGCAUGAUAAUACUCAUUGUCAUUAUCUGCUUCUUCGUUGUGAUCAUGGCCAUCAUUGGAGGAGUGUGCGGUUGGCGGAGAAGCCAUGGCGGCUACCACAGGGGUAGGUCAAAUGACCCGGACAAGAACCGUGAGGACAAACCGGAAACAUUCACUGGUGGAGAAACUGGAGACGGAGGUGGGGUAGCUGGUGGGUCAUUCUAGAAUAUGGCGUCAUAGCGAAAUCAAGUUCAAUUGACAGUUUGGUCACUUUAAAUAUUGAUCAAAUUCCAAAUUAGGUACAUAUGUAACUGACAAAUUACUAAUAAUAUACUUGUUAUUUUGAGAGAAUCUUUUUGUAAAUUCAGUUAUUUCAUUAUUCACAGCUCUUAUAAAUAUUAUACAGUAGCUUCUCACGCUCAAGUUUAGAGCAUAUCUUAGUUCAGUUCAUUUUAUAGGUUUUCUAUAUGUCCUUUUCGUAAUUGUUUAUAACAAACGUAUGUUAUGGUUGACAUUGUUAACAUCAUCUUGUAAUAUAUUCAUUGGACGUAUACAUAUUAGAUCUUAUUACCAUAGGUACAUAUACUUACAUAUUAUAGUUUAACACUGAAGUUGUAAAAAGGUAAAUUUACCUAAUAUAACAAUAAUAGAUAAUGUUAUCUUUCGUUAUCAAAGCAAAUACAAUGUAUAUGUUUGUAUCAGGUUAGAUCAAAGCAAAUACCAUGUAUAUUUGCAUCAGGUAAGUGACAUACGAUGUUUAUAUGUAACUAAAACUAUCAACAUCAUAAAUAUACACACUCAUUUUAGUGUCACACAAUGCAUAAUUUUGUACCGGUAUGUCAUACAAUUUAUUACUAUACUUAGUGCCAUACAAUGUUCAUCUUGACCAUGUAUCUCGUACAUAACAUAUUAACUUUAUAAGACAAUGAUAUGUUACACAUACCAGGGUACUACAUCGUACAUUCGCCUUCUGUAAUCUAAGUGUAGUACAAUGUAUAUGUUCUACUCAAUUUACUAUAUAUAUCAUACAAUGAUAUGUGUUGAGUGUGCUACUGUCAGUAAUAAAUGUACAAACAUGAGUUUUAUUCAACAAAUGUGAAGUACCUUAGUUUCUGCAUGCCUUUCGUAAUAAUAUAAGUCAUCAAUAAAGAAAAAAAGAAAA